AUGGCUGAACAUGAAUGCAAUGGUAGCUCUGAUGACUUAGUUCAGUUAACUAAAACAGCUGAAAACAUAGUACGGUGUUUUAUAUAUCGAAUGCUAGAAAAAGUUAUAAAUAAAUCCUCUUGUGAAGAAAACUUUCGAUUGCAUUUUUCUUUACUUCCUGAACCUGUUCUUUGUGAGAUAAGAGCUGUUAAAGAAUAUCUGUGUAAAUGUGAAAGUUCUUACUCAACUGAAAAAGAUUCCUGGUUUAUACACAAGGCAGUUCAAAUUCUUGAGGAGCAAGGUGGCAUAGCAAUUCAAAAAUAUCAUCAUGCGUUUCUUAGUUUAAUUAAUCAGUUACAAAUAACAGAUGAAUAUAAUUUUGCUUAUACUCAGUUUGUUGAAGUUGCUAAAAAACUUUUUGAGAAUGACAACAUUGCAUGGAGUCAUAUUGUUUCCUUGAUAUGUUUUGGUGUAGAAAUUUCUGUUUACAUAGUCGAGCAUGGCAAAGUAGGGCUUGCAUCAUUUUUAAAAAAGAUAUGCAGUUUUAUUGUGGACUUUAUUGUAAAAGAAGAAAUUUUGCAGUGGAUUGCACAACAUGGUGGAUGGAUUAAAAUGAUUGAUUUUUUUGAUGAUCCAAACUGUCAGUUUCGUACUAAUCAUAUCUUGGCCGCUAUGGCAAUAUCUGAACUAACUAAAAUUGAAGUAUGGCUUCAACGUUUUUUUGUGGCUUCACUGGUUUCAGGAAUAAUUGUUAUUGCUUGGAGAAAAUGGCAUCAACCCUAA